GCCGAACCUGUGAUUCCUCCGGUGUUCACGGUAGCACUCUUAUACCAGCGGGUCAUUGGGAAGGCAAAAACGUUAGAGUCCGCACUCAUUUACCGUCACUGAAAUUGGAAACGUGCGCGGUCUGGCCUCGGUUAGAUGUAAGUGAAAAUUGCUGUAAAACAAUGUGAGUCUGUCUCACGCAGAAUUAGAGAACAUCACUGAACAUUGUUAGAGUGGUUAUCUUGGUCGAAUAGCGAGGUGUAAGUUCGGGAGAAGAUCGUCGCAUCUCGUGAGAUACAGAAUGGCGCUGAAAAGCUUCACCGAGUCGGAUGAUUGUAGUAGGAGCCGGCGGUCGAAGGUAGCCUACGGCUCCACGUGUGUAGCUUUCGACCAGUCGCUAUUACCACAGCGUCGACAGCUGAUGAGAAGAAAUAUCUUCGUUUGAACUUUUUCCGGUCGGAUUUCCAUCUUUUCACGAGACGGUGGUUGUAGCUGUUUGAGCCGCUCGCGAAUCGUCUCAGCAAAGAUCACUUCCGUGCGCAGCGCUCCAUGAGACACUGGCAUUAUGGGGAUCGACGACGAGCAGUUGCCUGCAGUUAUGCAGGGAGAUAAGAUGAACAACUACCAUCUGUAUGAGGAGAUCGGGAGUGGGAAAUUUUCCGUGGUUUACAAGGGACGCAAGCGGCACACAAUACACUACGUAGCCAUCAAGUCGGUGGAGAAAUGCAGACGGGCGAAGGUGAGAAGUACCUGUCAUCGUAUUGGAGGGAGCCCUUUUUUUGACUCAUGGACGAUCGGAGGUCACAAUUUCAGAAUGGAGAUAUUAAGUCUCGACAUGCUUGGUCGUGAGUAUGAAAAUUGGUGAGGAUUCAUUGUAUUAUGUGGUGACUCUCUGUCUCUCCUGUCAUCCUCGAAGAAUGAAAACAGGUAAUGACGGAAGUGAACAUGUUAUCCCGGCUACAAACGCAUCCCAAUGUGCUCGAGUUCUACUUCUGGAAUGAGACGCGGAAUCAUCUUUGGGUCAUCUCCGAGUAUUGCUGCGGAGGCGAUUUGAUGCGACUGCUGAAGCAAGAUCAGAAAUUGGAUGAAGAGCAAAGCCUGUGUUUUGCAAACGACAUCUGUGAGGGGCUGUUCUUCGUUCAUUCAAGAGGUGUCAUUUACACGGAUCUGAAGCCUUCGAACGUGCUGUUCGACGAAACCGGACGCUUGAAACUGUCGGAUUUCGGGAUGAGCAUUUUGCUUACAGACUUGGAGAAAGAAGAUGGUGGCGCUGUCCCACGACGCGGGACACCGUACUACAUGGCACCAGAGCUCUUCCUCGAAGACGGGAUCCACAGCUUCGCAAGCGACCUGUGGAGUCUCGGUAAUUCUUUGAAAUACAACAUUCUAUCGACGCAACAGCAUCCUCGUCCAUUCUUUAUUUGUGGGAGGACAGGUUGAUAGUGUCAAGAUCGUAAGUUGAUGACGAUACAUGAUCUUCAUACAUUUCACACCCCAUGAGAUUAACAACCUAGGUAUCGUCUUGCACGAAUUCGUCACCGGGAAGCCGCCAUUCCAGCCAGCGUCAUUUAAGGAGUUACACAGCAUGAUCAUGGAGAAACCGCCACCGCCACUGGCUAGUCCUGGCGUG